AUGCUAACAAUACACUUCUUGAUUGCUGCGGGGAUAUUUUUCUGGUUCCGAUUUUUGUGGAAUCGUCGCUGUCUAUAUAAGCUGAUGUUCCAGUUGCCAGGACCAAUGGGACUUCCCCUGCUCGGCAUAGCCAUCGAGUACACUAUUAACAAGCGUAAAAUGAGCUUACGAGCUCAGUACAUGGACAAAUAUGGCUCAACUAUUUUUUCCUGGCUGGGACCGGUGCCAAUUUUGGUUACUAGGGAUCCAACGAUCUUAAAGGACAUAUUAACGUCUUCAGACUGCCUAAAUAAGUCAUUGCACAUGGUUAAUGGUAUGGGUACCUGUAUUGGAUUCGGAUUGGUGACGUUGCGAGAGCCUAAAUGGGAUAUUCGCCGCAAGCAGCUGAAUCCCACAUUCAAACAUGGUGUCCUGCUCAGCUUUAUGCCAGUUUUCAAUGAUGAAUCGAAAACAUUAGUCUCCUUGCUGGAUACUUUUGUGGGUCAAGGGGAGAAGGAUGUGCUUCCAGAUAUUCACCGAUGGUCUUUUAGAACGGCUAUGAAAACUACAAUGGGGUCUGAUAUACAAGAAGAUCAGACCUUCAAAGAUGAUAAACUAAUGGAAAGCUAUCAAACAAUCAUAGGUUUGAUAACGGUCAACGUAAUCUUUCCCUUGGUCCAGAACAAGUUUAUUGCCAAACUCUGUGGUUAUGAGAAAAAGAGAUUGAAGAACGCCUUGGUGAUUAAUAAACCUGUUGAAAAUAUAAUUGAUAAAAAACUAAAAUGUACCGAGGAAAAUAGUACAUCUUCCAUUUCAAACACUUUGAUCAACCGAGCAAUCGAUCUGUUUCGAAGUGGCGAUUUAAGCUAUGAGGAAGUGAAAAGUGAAUGCAGUAAUAUGGUCUUAGCUGCGUUCGAGACUACAGGUCUAACAGUUUGGCACACUAUGAUUUUGCUAGCCAUGUUCCCCGACUACCAGGAUAUGGCAUUUGAAGAGCUUAAAAAAGCCUUUCCAACAAACGGCGACUUCGAAGUGACUGAGGAAGACCUACAAAAUUUGGAGUACUUGGACCGCGUGUUGAACGAGACCUUGCGAUUGAUACCACCAAUUCCCAUUGCUCCGAGGGAAACUAUUAGAGAUGUUCCCCUUUCAAAUGGAGUUGUCAUUCCUAAAGAUGUCGUAAUAGGCAUUGACAUAUUCAGUACUCACCGUAACCCGGAUUUCUGGGGCUCCGAGGCAGAGAAGUUCAACCCUGAUAACUUUCUGCCGGAAAAUAUCCUCGAAAGGCAUCCCUACGCCUUCAUUCCGUUCUCAAGGGGAAAGCGAAAUUGCAUAGGCUGGAAAUAUGCAUUGAUGUCAGUCAAGCUCACAUUAGCCAAGAUACUAAGAAACUACAAAAUAGGCACCUCUUUUCGAUAUGAGGAUCUCGUUUUUGUCGACAAUACGGCCAUGAAGUUGGCUCAGUCUCCAAAGCUACAUUUUCAAAGGCGGACUUAAUAUGUUAUAUACAAUUGAAGGGUCGCCAUUAUACUCAAUGAAUUAUUUUAUAUUCAAAAUCGAUUAAAGAUAUUAAAUUUAUUUCGAACUUUAUUGGGUUGAGAUGAAUAUUAGAAA